GCCCUCGUAGCCCAUAUUAAUACCUUCGCUCACGGUUUCCGCUUCGCCACACCCGUGUCUGAUUGCGCGCUGACGGCAGACCGCCGCUUCUCCCCACACGAUUAGGGAAGACUAUACUCCAAGACGCCCAAAGACGAGAGCGUGUGUGCGCGCCUGGCAAACGACACUGCCUCGAUCCCCGACACAACACACCAUGUUUUGCCUGCGAAGCUGGAUACCGGUGCUUUUCUUCUUACUGCGAACUCAUGCCUCGCCCGUCUACCUCGUGCUCUUCAUAUCGGCCACGUACUUCCUGAACCGGCCGUGUGUGUAUUGCUCACUCCUCCUCUUCAUUCUCGUCGUCGCGCUCUUCGAUUUUCACACGCCGUGGUUUGAUGCGCCGCUGUCGGAUAGCGCGGAACUGGCACUCAAUGGAACCGUCUCAGAAACAGCCAGUGUGCUGGCGCAGGCGGCGAACCACACGGCACAAGUUGUGGUGAAGACUGCCAUAGACGGCGUCAAGGGGAAGGUCGGCCUGGGCCAGGCGAGCGAUGCGCAGAGUUACGAGUGGGUCAAGGGCCUGCUGGGGAAAAAGGAAUGGCGGAUUCAAUGUCUCGAUGUACUCAUCAGAGUGUGAGCAGCAAUGAAUGCAAUACAAUACGUGGCAGCCCGCCCUUGGGAAUGCGUAGGCUUGGGCGGCGUUUGUGAACGAGGACGGCUUGAUUGGAUGGAUAAGAUAUCACUGCAUGACUGGGCGUGUGUUUGAAGCAUUUGCAUGGCGUAAUAGGGAUCACUACAUACUAUCCAAAAAAAACACCAU